AUGAAUACAGAAACACUUUCCUGCCAUAUCAUUGUUAGACAGUCACACCAUAUCUUGUUCUCGGGACCUUAGGCCAAACGAAAGAAGAUGAAAUUAAUUGUAGUUGUAGUUGUUCUGUUGGUAUACGUGGUGGCCAUGAUUGUCGAGAGUCAAGGAGAUGACAACAAGUACUUGCUCGAUGUGAAGCUUCCUCCGUUGGCAGACAGGGACGAAGAUCGUGAACUCGGCAAAAUCAGUCAGUACAUUUGGCAGAGCUAUGGCAUCGACGACAUCUAUCGUUUCAAGGUUAGAGGGGAACCUAGAGCAAUUGUAGUUGUAACCGCUAGAUCCGGCUGCUCAUGGAACUGGUUGACAUAUCGGUAUGUUAAGAUUGGAGCGGAUUUCUCUGUAACUACACUGUACGAUGGUGAGAGUUUGGCAGAUGAUCUUGGUGUAACCAAUACAUUACAAGGGAAUGGACCCAGCAGCUUUUCGGAUUCUAACCUGUACUUCAUUGAAGUCACAUUUGCACCCGGCAAAACAACCCCGACCGCUUUGAACAGCCUGACUCAACAGAUCUUACGUCUGAGAGCAGACUUACUCAACCAGGAUAAAGAAUUAGCUUUCUACAAAGUCCUGGGACAAGUUCCAGCACGGAUCCUGAUUUUUGCGAACCUCUUGCCGUCCAAGGCAGAUUCUCUCUACACUACUUUCAGCUGUACCGAUGGUUGCAGCAUGAAACUGACUGCGAUUCAGAGCCUUAGAGACUAUGUUGAAGACUGCUGAUGAACGCCUUCCGAUGUAACAAAUCGUAUUUCUCAAUUAACUUUCAGACACAGCAA